GGGAACUGGCAGAUCAUUUCUGUCUUCUGCCGCUCUGUCCCGCCCGUUUCUCCCGCGCUUGCCUGGCUGUCUGUCUCUGACGAAAGUAGUUUCACUUAAAGUGUUCCGGUUUCGAGGCCGCGCAGAUCGGAAGGGGGCCGUCCUCCGUCCCCUUGCUCGCUGCCCGCAGCCCUCGGCCACAGGCGACGAGUUUCAGGGCGUCAUGGCCAGGGGCCGCCGCGGCCGGCCGGGUGCGAGGCCGCUUUCCGCAGCCCGCGCGCUCCUGUGGCCUCUGGGCCCGCCGGCGCCCGUCUCGGUCUGAGCACAGCCCCUCGCGCCUGCGGCCACCCCCCGCGGGACUUCAUGGCCUCCGAGGUGCCGUCCCCGCCGCCGUCGCCCUCGCAGUCACUGUCGCCGCCCACCUCCCCAGAGCCUGAACUGGCCCAGCUGAGGCGGAAGGUGGAGAAGUUGGAACGCGAGCUGCGGAGCUGCAAGCGGCAGGUGCGGGAGAUCGAGAAGCUGCUGCAUCACACGGAGCGGCUGUACCAGAGCGCCGAGAGCAACAACCAGGAGCUCCGCACGCAGGUAGAAGAACUCAGUAAAAUACUCCACUGUGGGAGAAAUGAAGAUAGUAACAAGUCUGAUGUAGAAGUACAAACAGAGAACCAGGCUGCUUGGUCAAGUUCAGAUUAUUAUUAUCAGACAUACUAUAAUGAUGAUGGUCUUCUAAAUAAAGAGACUGAACUCUCAGUCCAGCAGUGUCAGUAUGCUGAAGCACCUACUUUUAAUUCUGAAGACCAGUCACAACUAGAAAGUGAUGGUACUGAUGGAACAGGAAAUAUUACAUGUGGACAAGAGGACCAUUUCAUCUCAGAUUCACAGGAGCCAGCGUCUGCAUUGGCAACAGAAGGUGCAUCCUCAGAAGGUUCAUCAUUAGCCGAAAGCUUGAGAGCUGCCGCAGAAGCUGCUGUGUCACAGACUGGAUUUAGUUAUGAUGAAAGUACUGGGUUGUACUUUGACCACAGCACUGGUUUCUAUUACGAUUCCGAAAAUCAGCUAUACUAUGAUCCUUCCACUGGGAUUUAUUACUACUGUGACGUGGAAAGCGGUCGAUACCAGUUUCAUUCUCGAGUAGAUUUGCAGCCUUAUCAGAUAGCUACCACAAAACAAAGUAAAGAUAAAAAACUGAAGAGGAAAAGAAAAGAUCCAGAUUGUUCUUCAACAAAUGAAGAAAAGGAUUUGAAUUCAGAAAACCAAAAAGCGUCCAGUGUUGAAUAUUUAAACUGCAGUGAGGGAGAAGAUUUUGCAAAUGUGAAAAAGAAGGUCAAAAUAGACAGUGUACAGUCUCCUGUUAAUGAGAACAUCUCUAAUUCAGCCUCAUUUAAAGAUGAGAAAAUCAUAGAGAGUGAUAGUGAGCCAGAAGAAGGUGAAAUCACAGACUCUCAGAGCGAGGGGAGCUAUGAUGAAGAUGGUACCAGCGAGGACAGCAGGACAGCAGAGGAGACAGAGGACGAAGAUGAAGAAAAGAUUUGGCCCCCGUGUAUUAGAGUCAUUGUUAUUAGGUCACCUGUGUUGCAGACAGGAUCACUUUUCAUCAUCACAGCUGUAAACCCUGCUACAAUUGGAAGAGAAAAAGACAUGGCGCACACCCUCCGAAUCCCUGAAGUUGGUGUUAGUAAGUUUCAUGCAGAAAUUUAUUUUGACCAUGAAUUACAAAGUUAUGUCCUUGUGGAUCAAGGCAGUCAAAAUGGCACAAUUGUUAAUGGAAAACAGAUUCUUCAGCCAAAAACUAAAUGUGACCCUUACGUACUUGAACAUGGAGAUGAAGUGAAAAUUGGAGAGACCGUGUUGUCCUUCCACAUCCACCCUGGCAGUGACACCUGCGAUGGCUGUGAGCCGGGGCAGGUUAGAGCUCACCUCCGCCUCGAUAAGAAGGAUGAAUCUUUUGUUGGUCCAGCAUUAAGUAAGGAGGAAAAAGAAUUGGAAAGAAGAAAAGAAUUAAAGAAAAUACGAGUAAAGUAUGGUUUACAGAACGCAGAUUAUGAAGAUGAAAAGACAUUGAAGAAUCCAAAGUACAAAGACAGAGCUGGAAAACGCAGGGAGCAGGUUGGCAGUGAGGGCACUUUCCACAGAGACGAUGCUCCUGCGUCCAUCCACACUGAAAUUACCGAUAGCAACAGAGGUCGGAAGAUGCUGGAGAAGAUGGGCUGGAGGAAAGGGGAGGGCCUAGGGAAGGAUGGCGGAGGCGUGAAAACCCCGAUCCAGCUUCAGCUUCGGCGAACACAUGCAGGCUUGGGGACAGGCAAACCAUCCUCCAUUGAAGAUGUUCCUCUUCAAAGCAAGAGCAAAAAAAAUUGGGACAAAGCCCGAGAGAGGUUUGCUGAAAGCUUUCCUGAAACCAAACCUCCAAAGGAUGCUCCAGGGACCAUCCCUUGGGUAAAAGGGACUGGGGAGUAAAGGGUAGUCACAGAAAAAAAACUUCAGCUUCUUUUACAAGAAGAAUUUAGAGACUCUUUAUUUUAUUGCAAAAUAUUUCCCCUGGUAGAGUCAGUGACACAGAGAGCUGUGCCACAGAUAUUCUUUCAUGAUUCAGAAUUGUGUAAUAAAAUGAGGUUUGCAGCUUGUAAA